AUGGCCUCUGAUGGAUCUCCUGUCAGAGAUGCUCGUGAGAAGAAAAAGAAGCAGAAGAAAGCAGAGAAGAUCAGGACAGACAGAUCCGAUGUGGAAUCCGACGCUCAGGUGGAGAUUGAAAGUCUGACUGCAUCUGGACAUGCAGCGCUGCAGACCGGAGACCGUACCGCAGCCCUGCAGUGCUUCAAGAACGCAUUAAAAACUGCCACAAAGCUGAGAGAGCGGAGGCUGCAGAGGACGUGUGCGUUUAAUCUGGGCGCAGCGUAUGUGGAGACAGGUAAACCUCAGAAGGGGCUGGACUUCCUGUCGCAGUCUCAGCCGGGUGAGAGAGCCGAGCAGAUCGCAGACCUCCAGUUUAAUCUUGCGAUGGCUCACGAGGCACUGGGAGACCAAACGCAGGCCAGUCGACAUUACCUGCAGGCUGCGCAGCUGUACCGCUCGCAGGGAGAUGCCAGUGCAGAAGCAGACACCUGUGUCAAACUCGCUCAAUGCCACCUGCAGAGAAAGGAGUGGACUGUGGCUGCUGAGAGUUUGCAGCGUGCCGCAGACAGUUAUAAAGUGGUGGGAAAUACGACUGCAGCUGCGCAGGCCCUGAUGGACGCUGGCAAACACAUGCUGCAGAGCGGCAACUGCGCUACUGAUGACAUCAUCAGCGUGCUGACCGACAGCCUGGAGAUGAGUGCCAACAUCACAGAUCACGAAACGCUGGGAAAACUGUUGAAUAACGUGGGUUUGAGUUUCUCGCAGUUGCGUCUGUUUUCCGAGGCCUGUGAAUGUUUUGAACAAGCUCUGCCAUUGGUCGCUUGUAAACCGCACAGACUGGCAGUGGUCCUGCAGAAUCUGGGUGCCAUUCGCAACACUCUGGGUCAGUACGAGCAGGCGCUGAGAUACCACAGAGAGGCCGCGGCGUUACACGGCUCCCUGGGCUGUCGUGGUGCUCAGGGUCAGUGCUUCAGUAAUCUAGGUUUUGCUCAGGUGGAGUUGGGUGAGCUGGACGAGGCGUGGGAGAGUUACCUGCAUGCCCAACAGGCCUUCAGAGACACAGAUGACCCGUCUGGUCUCUGGCAGGCCUGUGAGGGUCUCGGUAGAAUUAAGCAGCAGAUGAGGGACCCAGAGAAAGCUGUUGUCUACUAUGAAGAUGCCCUGCGACUGCUGUGCAAAUGCCAGGAAGUGUCUAGUUCAGUGCAGGAGCGUUUGGUCAGUAAACUGAGUGAAGCUUUACAGCAGAAGCUGCUACUACAACAACAGAGAGGACCGCCAAUACAACGACACGUCCUGGAGCAAAACCAUAAUAGACGACAGCCACGUAUGGUGGCUGUCAGAUCUGACUUACAGCAGAGAAGAGAGAUGCUGAAUGGAGCCACAGAUGGAGAAAACUCCCACACAAACUUUGGAGAGAAGAUGAUGUCAGAGUCCCACCAGAGCCAAGAACUCACUGAGCAAUCAGAAUAUCACACUGCACUGCCAGAGGCCAACAGGAAUCUGAAUAACAUGUAUGAGAAACCUGAAGUCCAUCAGCAGAACGAUUCUUCAGAGUCAUCUGGAGCACACGGUGAAGUGUCUCCAACUAUGAAGCCGAAGCCGGUACAGAUGAACGGUACACACUCACUGGCCAUGAAUGCAGAGACUCCGCCUCUUAUCCAGCCUAACAGAGAUGAGGCCACGCCCCUUAUGACAAGACUGAAGUCCAGAUUCUGCACAGUCAUGUGACCUGCACAAGGAAGUGAUUCGGACCUCUGUUUUCUUAUGGAGUUGUGGUUGCCAUGGUGAAGCGUGCAGACUGUAAACACAAGGAUUACAGGUUAACACAGGGUUACCACUGAACAUUUACUGACAUCACAACCCUGAACAGCAGGACGGCAGCUGCCUUGAAUAAAACAUGUUUAUAGAUUAUGAACUUACUUCAUGUUAUUUUAAUGGGUUAGGGUUUGCGAUAAUGCAAGCAAAGAAAGGGUGUCAUGAGGUAACCCACCCCAAUAUCAACAUCAAAUCACUUUAUUGUUAGUCUUGGGUGCAGUUCUGAGUAACAUAACAGUAUGACAAUUACAAUAAACAUCUGAUUUACACAACACAGUUUACACAUCUAAUAUACACAUAAUUACACACAACACAAUAUACAAUAAAAAUAAUAUCUAUAAAUGUGCGGUAAGGUUGUAUUGUGCUGUAUUGACAUUCAGGCUGUCGGUUGAUUGUCAGCUGCCAGUGUGUUGUUAAGAGAAAUAUCAUUUAUGACAGUCCAGUGUGAGAUAAUAGAUGAAUAAAGUGCAGAGCUGAUUAUUGAUCGUGAGAGAUCAAGUGUUCAAAAGUCUGAUUGCUUGGGGGAAGAAGCUGUCAUGUAGUUGGCUGAUGCGGGUCCUGAUGGUAGCAGUGAGAACAGACCAUGACUCGGGUGGCUGGAGUCUCUGAUGAUCCUCCGAGCUUUUUUCACACACCGCCUGUUAUAUAUGUCUUGGAGGGAGGGAAGCUCACCGCCGAUGAUGUUUCAGGUGUUUCAAAGCAGUGCUUUGCAGUUGUGGGCGGGGCUGUUGCCGUACCAGGCGGUGAUGCAGCCAGUCAGGAUGCUCUCUACAGUGCUGGUGUGGAACCGUGUGAGGAUGUGGUGGUUCAUUCCAAACUUCCUCAGCCGUCUCAGGAAGAAGAGGCGCUGGUGACCCUUCUUCACAACGGCCUCAGUGUGGACGGACCAUGUGAGUUCCUCAACCAUCUUUAUUUAUAUUAUUUAUACCA